AUGGAUAGAGGGAUGCUAAACAAUGGAUCAUCUCGGAAAAGAAAAAACAACUACAUAAAUGAGUACGCAGAGUAUGAAAUGCCUAAGACUAAGUUGUUCCAUUUGAUUACACGUAUUGGAAUAUCUAUAAUAAGCAUACUUGUUAUUUCCCUUUUUGUGAAAAAUAAUAGUAAUAACAGUGCAAUGAAUUUAACCACUAUUUCAAUUGACCAAACGACAAAUGAGUUACUUAAUUCGUUGGGAUUUCCAGAGAAUAGCAAAGACUUAAUAUACAGCAGAUUAGAAAGUUGGGGGUUCCAUAUAUCGGAUAUUGGGGAUGCAGAAGUAAAUAAGAACUACAAAGAAGAAAAUUUGGGGAAUUAUAAAUAUUCUAAAAAUACAUAUAAAAAUAUUUUAUUUUCCCAUUUUGAAAAAAAGGGAAAAAGCGAAUUGGAAAAAAAUGCCCUUUUAUAUACAUUUUUAGAAAUAUUACAAAAAAAAGAAAUAAGCACAUUUUACGAUUUUUUAAAUAGCUUUAUGAUAUUACAAGAUUUAAAUUGUUUACCUGUAAAUUAUAAAGGAAUUUACAUGAACGGAAAAUUAUUCUUGUCUAAUAACACAGAAAAGGUAAAAAAAACGGAUUUGAAUAAUGUCAGCACAUUAAUUAAUGAACAACCAUACUUAUAUAUAACAUUUCAUGGAGGAAGAAAAAAAAACUCCAUUCAUAAUGUUUGUAAGUUUUCAAGGGAUGGGUAUUACCUAGGAUCUGUAUUAUUACCUUUUGAAGAAGAAGGAAAAUUCUUUAAUAUAAUAAGUUUAAGGGGACUACUACUUGAUGAAAAUAAUUUAUAUGUUACUGAUUCUUUUAAAGAGAAUUCGAAAAUAUUUAAAUUUUCAGAAAGUAUAAAUGAAUUAUCAAAUAGGAGAGAAUAUAUAUCUACUUUUAUCAAACAAGAUCCACAAAAUAAUCCAUUAAUGAUACAUCCAUAUGGUAUCAAAAAAUUUAAUGAAUAUUUUUAUAUAAGUUCACAAAAUACAGGAACUGUAUUACGCUUUCAUGCUGAUAGCGGAAAAUUAGGGACACCAAUUGAUUUGUAUAAAAACAUAACAAAAGGGUUAGUUAUAAAAUUCAAUAAAAAUGAAGAAAUACGUGGUUUUGAUUUUGAUCUCAUGGGAAAAUGUUAUGUUUCAAAUAAACAAACAGGUGUUCAAAUAUAUGAUCAAGAUUUUAAUUUAACAAAAAUUCUUCCUGUUUUUUCCCCAAUAUCAAUCUUAUAUGACAAUUCAAAUAAUCAUAUAUUUGUUGGAAGUUCCAAAACACAUGAUAUAAAACAGUAUGACAUUAACAAUUUUGAACUUAUUAAAGUUAUUAAACAUCCACUCCUCAGACAUGUCGCUGGAAUUAUCAUUCACCAAGACUCCAUUUUUGCCGUUUCUCAGAGAAAAAACAAGUUGCUUGAGUUUUCUAUACCCACAACGUUGCUUACAAAGAUCCUUGUGGAUCACUUUAGCGACAUAGGCGAACGCGUGAUGUUAUCACCUACAUGA